AUGUCGAUGCAGAGGGUGAGGCAGAGGUCAACAUUCCCGUCAUCCACAUUCAAUGUGGGGAUUCGAUUUCGAGAAUGCAGCCUCAACCUAGGAGAAUGGAAGGACCACGUGCUCUUGUCUGGGUUUUCCAGAUGUCAAUGA